GGACGACCGCCGGCCCGGCGAUCAAGCACCUGCUCCUUCUGAUGGUCUUGGUCCUGUGUGCCCCGCGAGUCCGAUCGUCGAAGCGUGUGGAGAACUGCCGGACGAUAAACUUUACGAAGCCGAUGACGCAGAUGGAGCUGCUGCAAGGGCUGACGAGCGAGUGCCGGUACGACAAGAUGGUCCGGCCGCCGGGGCUUGCCGAUCAACGGGAUCCCGUCAAGGUGUGGUCGAGGGCCUACAUCUACACCAUCAAGUCCAACAUGGCCAAGACUCUGCAAUUCGACGUGCACAUGAUGCUGCAGUUCCGCUACUUGGACACUCGGCUGAGGUUCAGCGAGGUGGCGCCUCGUCAGACGCAGAUUUACGGUGGCCAAUCGACUCACGAUCUCAUCUGGACGCCCUCGGUGUACGUGGCGAACGAGCGCAGUUCCGUCAUUCUGGGAAACAGCGUCAAAGAUCUGCUCAUCUCGAUCGAUCCCUCGGGCAUGGUUGUUUUGAACACCAGAUUGGAAGUUAUUCUCAACUGCGGCUUGAGGCUGGAAAAGUUUCCCUUCGACGUGCAGGAGUGCCCGCUGGUUUUCGAAAGCUGGAUACACAAUGUCGAAGACAUGGUUUUGGACUGGGACGACGAGCCGAUCGUGCUCGCAAAGGAACUGCACUUGACCGAGUACAAAUUGGUCGAAAAAUGGGUGAACAAAUCCGACGUGUCGUACACCACGUCGCAACAGCACUACGGGCAUUUCGCUGGCAACUUCAGUUCCAUAAGCAUAACUUUCAAGCUAGCUCGCGAAAUGGGCUUCUUCAUGAUGGACUUUUACAUACCCUCCAUCCUCAUAGUCGUCAUAUCCUGGGUAUCUUUCUGGCUACACGUGGACGCCAGUCCUCCCAGGAUAGUACUCGGUACCAACACGAUACUCGCGUUCAUGACGCUGGCGUCCAAGGUUGAGAAUUCGUUGCCGAAAGUGUCGUACAUCAAGGCCAGCGAAAUAUGGUUCUUGGGCUGCACGAUAUUCCUAUUCGCCGCCAUGGUCGAGUUCGCCUUUGUCAAUACGAUCUACAGGAGAAAAAAAACGGUGCCUCUGAAGAAGGUCAACAGCAAGUACAUCCUCAAAUCGACGCUCACCCCAAGACUGGCGCGCAAACAAUUCCAGAAAAACACGAACGGCUGCAGCAUCGAGCGCUCAAAGUCGUGGUCGUCCCUGGACAAUAACAACGCCCGCGAGAAGGACUAUUCCAGUCAAAACUACUUGACCAUACACAGCUUCCCGAGCACAAUAAACGUGCCAACGGUGAGGAUAGACGACGAGAAGGACUACUCGAACGGUAGCGUGGUGACGAUAGACAGCAACAAUUCAGCACCUCCGGCACCUGCACCUCCGCCAGUUGUGCCGCCGCCCAAGACGUAUCAGCGACGCUCGACCCUCGCUCAGCUCAACACCUUCACGACCAUGACGCCCCAGGAAAUAGCCCAGUGGAUCGACAAGCGCAGCCGCAUACUCUUUCCCGUGGCCUUUCUCAUCUUCAAUUUGUUCUACUGGUCCUUCGUUUGGAUAUAAUAUUUAUUAAUAACGCUAUAGUUGACAUUUUUUUUUAUAUUAUACAUAUACCUAUUGUGCGAGCAGAUUUUCAAUAUUAUAUUAUUAAUAAUUGCAUGUGUGUUGUGCGUUGUAUGUAACACAGUAUAUGUAUAUAGUGCAUUUAAUCAGUGAGAUGGUACACAAAUGCAAUUUGUAUGAAAUUUUUGAGGACAAGUACAUAUAUCAUAAAUAUAUAUAAUUAUCUGCUGGCGUACAUAUUAUGUAAAAACACGGUAUGUAGAAUGUUGUGAAAUAAGUAUAACAUAAAAUACAUGUGUAUGAACGUUGGAGAGCGAGAAUAUAUUAUGUUUGCUGACACGGUUUUUUACAUUACAAGUGAGUUUAAUCUUUUUAAAAAACAGUGCAGAAAUAACGUUUUCUUUAUUUAUUAUUUUUUUUUUUUUUUAAGUAAGUGGGAAAGUGGAUAUAUUGUGUAACUGUAUUUAAAAAUCAGUUUUAUGUAUAAAGUAUAAUGUAUAUAAAUGAUAUUCAUAUGAUUAUGAGGCGGUAGGUAUAAUUAAUUAAGUUAAUUCAUAUAAAGAGUUUUUAAUGUUACGCAUACCAUGGUAUUAUCUUGGAAAAGUAGGAGAAAAUACUUAUUUGUGAAGAAAAUAUAUGAA